AUGCCCGCUCUCGCUACGCCAACACGCCCCUCCAACCGGGGAGGGAGUGUCAAAGCAUCGCCGGCGAAGCCCCUGGACAUUGGACAGCCGUUGGGGAUCCACGACACGAACACGGUUCGCUCCCGUGUGCGCCAGUGGCAACAACAAGGUGGUGGGGUGAUUACCAUCAAUGAUGGAACGUAUGAUGACGAUGGAGAUGAAAAUCAAAAUCAGCCCAGGCCACUACCUGCUUCCGCCAAAGCGAAACCGGAUCAGGUAGAAAAGCCCGACACGGAGAAGGAGCGCGCAGCGGAGAAUGGCCUGGACUUGGAAGCGCGGAAGGAAGAGAAAAAACCCAAAGAAAAGGACAAGGUACCCGCCGUUCGCAAACGAAGUCAUAGUACUCCUCGAAAGCGGGUGAUUAGCGACGAGCAUUGGAGGAAGAAUCGAUCCUCGACGCAGACACCCUCGCGCAAUCUACCGGCGCCACGACGAAUCAAUGAGUAUACGACAAAUGGCGGCGCUGGGUCACCACGGGCCAGGAGAGAGAUUCAUAAAGAUGUGCUGGACAAAACGCGGGACCCGCCCAAAUUCAAGCACUAUCGGAUUCAAAAUGGCUCCCCACCGACGGUGGACGAACGAAGACAUUCCGCCAGUAGAAAGGAUGUCGACUCCGUCACCGACAGCGAAUGUGCAGGAGAGCAUCCUGGUUCAGUGAUGGCGUCAGAGAUGCCGAGCGACAUGUCCAAAAUCACGAGUCUUCCCGAAGACACGGAGUGGGCGAAGAGUGAAGCCGACUUUACGGAGCUUUCUCGACGACGCGCUCGAGGACCUUCCAAACCUCCGAAAGGAGGCAUUUUCGCGCACAUGCUGGACGAGUCUCGAAAAAUAGCCAGAGCCGCCGAGGCCAACUCCCCCCCGGCAGGGACGAGGGGAGCGAAAAUCGAAGCCUGGCUGUCGGAAACACCCGAUCCAUUUGUCGAAACUAAUAAUCCGAAGACUGACAUGCCUGGACCCCUGGAUAUUAAAUCCGCACGCGCGAGGCGGUCCCAGCGGAUUGUGGACGAGAUCGCGACAAGCAAUCCCAUGUCAGAUAUUUCUCACGAUAGUGAGGCUCGCCCAAAGAGCAGUGGUUCGAGACCAAAAAGCUCACAUAGUCGACAUUCCACCCACUCGGAAGGGUCUUGUGCAACGAAAGAUGAUGGUCGGGCGCCUCAAGGAAGCCAUGCGAGUAGUGUUGAGAAGCCCCUCGCGCUCAGAAUCCGGCGUGACAAGGAGAAGGCACAUGAACCCUCAGAAAUAGAUAGCUUGGCACCGUCCGAGUCAGACUUUCAACCAUUCUCCGACGGCGGUUCUGAGGUUUCGGGGAACAACGCGCCUGUCCCAGUUGGUCUCAAGAGACCAUUUCCCAGCACGGGGCUACACAGAUUGUCUACAAUUGCAUCGAGGGAUACACUUAGCACUCUGCCUGAGGAGACCACUGUUUCGGAGAAGGAUCCCGCGGAGCAGAAACGUCCCCUUACUGCCGAAGAAGCUGAAGAAGCCGCCGAAAAGGUGGAUCACUUUGAUCCCAAUUCCUUACCCGGGGUAACGUCACAACUUCAGCGGCGCCUCACCACACAUAAAGACCUCAUGUCUGUCCUCUCUGUGUCCACUUCCAGGGGUGGCAGUACUCGGUCCCGCAGAAGUGUGCGCUCCAACAGGAGCCGUAUAGCUCACGCCACCAUUUCUGACCUCUUGGCUGAGCUUCGUGCGGACGAAGUCAAGUAUAUGCGUGAGCUGAAGACUCUAGUCGGUGGAGUAGUCCCGGUCUUGCUCACUUGUGUACUUUCUCGGUCGGACUCGGCCAUCGCAGCAGGAUUGUUUCGACCCUCUUUAGACCCCAAAGAUGAUCUCAACUUCUCGAAGCCAAUAGUGAACAUGGGCGUCGCUACGGAGCGUCUCAAAACUCUACACAAGAGGAUCCCCCAGGAAGACGUUGAUGCUUUGCUAGCAUGGGCACAGGGUGCUCAACGGGUAUAUCGUGAAUAUUUAAAGGCAUGGCGGCUCGGGUUCAAAGAUGUUAUCGUCAACUUGGCUCCCUUGGAAGAGGGUGACGUCGAUGGCAACGCUGACACGAAAAGUUUGGAUGAAGGUAUGGAGCGCGAUGACCAGGGUGACAUCAUUGGCGCCAAUGGCGAGAAGGUGGAUGUCGCCUAUCUGCUGAAACGGCCUCUGGUGCGCUUGAAGUAUCUCGCCAAAACCUUCAAGGGAAUUAACAAUUUACAGCCAUCCGCAAAGGCUGAGGAUAUUGCUACGGCUUAUGCGUCACUAGUGGCCGAGGCUCGCAAGCGAGCGCGCGACGAAAGAGCACGGCUAGAAGACGAAUCUGCCGCGAGUAUUGAUCCAACCCGAGCCCGAGAUCCGAUGACAUUAGGCCUGUCCAGUAAUGUUGUCGUCGACCAGACUCGUCGCGUGCGAGCCCGCGAUUUCUUCAAUCUCUCUUUCUACCACUCAAGCGGCCAAUUGAUUGACUGCCGGGCUGAACUUCUUUACCGCGACAACACAUCAAGCAAUGGCCCAGGCGGAGAUUUGCUGAUAUGUGAAAUUGACCAUUCUGAGCGAUGGCUCCUUUUCCCACCAAUGGAUCUUCGAUGCGUGUCUGCUCGGGUUGGAGACAGCAAGGGAGAAAUUGUUGUCAUGCUCCGUAGCGCCCCCGAAGAUGAAAGAUAUUGGCAAGAGUUGAUAUCUCUUCGCAUUGACGAAGUCGACAUUGUUCUCGAGUGGGUAUCAUUAUUGGGACAGGAUCCCAUUCCGCCCGCUCUUUGCAGAAGCCAGAGCUUCAUCAGUCGGGCCAAGCAGCACAAGUCUCGUCGGUCUGAUGUUGCCGAUUCGUCACCGCGUGCCAACAGCAGUGAUGUCGAAGUGCCGAUUGGCGAGAAGGUAGCCAGAAAACGGCGAUCGCUUACGCCAAAGGAUCACACAACAUCUUCAAACAUCUCGACCUCCUCCGUUACAGACCUUAGAUGCUCUGUGCUUUCGGCAACCUCUCACGAAACGGAGAACUCCACAAUUAGCGAUGACACCGCUAGCAAAGGCACGACACGCCCUGGUCUACCACAGCUGCCUUCGACCAUGUCUGAAAAAUCUGUGGGAGCAUUGAAAAGAUCCAAGGCCAAGAGACAUUCACGACAUGCCGACAGUCCCAAUCCAGGGACAUCAUUGCCCCAGACUGGUCACAUUGCGCAGCCUACGGAUGCAGGCCUGUCGGUGCAAACACGGUUCUAUGGGAAUGGGGCCAAUACCCAUGAGACCACUUCGGUCAAGGAGACCACGCCCAAGAAGGCAGCUCACGCCCCACGCCCGCGAGAAUCGCCAGAAAAAGAGUCUCCCCGAGUUUCCUCGACACCUUCUGCAUACCUGCCAAUGAUCCCCAAGAUUCGCAGCAGUAGCAGCCAAACGCAUUUGUCUUCUCCAUCGACGCCGACGCAUGAAGAAGAGGAAGAUUAUCCUCCUCUGGACGCACUGCCGGAGUCACCGGCCUUUGAGACUCCUAGCCGUUCCGAGAGGCGAAAGUCGAGACGCAAGUCUAAACAUGAAGAAUCACCUCCUCCGCCGCCCCCUCACCGCACCCCCAGCUCCUCUCCAAACAAGCUCUCCAACAGUCCAAUUCUUCCUGCGUCAGGCCACCGAAUCAAACGCCGUGGCUCUUCCCCCCUGAAACACGAAUAUGAGCCAUCCACUGCAUCUGAUUACUCCGAGACGGACUCUGAGGCCUCUACUGUGCGACACUACACAUACUCUUCCUCCGACAGCUCUGAAUCAGGAAGUGAUUCGGCAUCUUGCUCAUCUUUCUCAGACGAUGAGGAGGACGAGAUUGAGCCGCCGAAGCCUGUACUUCCACAGCCAAGUGCUUCUGACGCGAGCUCAUUAUCACCUUCCAAUUCGGUCUCUCAGGGUGGUUACCGGACUGUCCCGCUUCAGCCAACAAAGUCGACCAAAGCCCUUGCAACGGUGUUUGCCUGGUCAGACAAGGGGAGCUGGGAUAGUCUGGUGCCGGAUGAAUGCUCGGUUGUCGUCAGUCCAGGUCUGAUCGAAGCCUUCAAUGUCGGAAAUGGCAUGAAUCCAAGCGCCCCUGAUCGAGCCUAUCCCCAUCUGAAACCUGUGAUCUCAAUGGAGCUUACGCCUCUGGUACCGAUCCGUAGGGGUACCGCAAUUGACAUAAGCAUUCGUUCACCCCCGACUGACCGGUCGAAAAUGACGUCGAGCAACAACAUUAUGUUCCGCUCCCGAAACCCCGAUGAGUGCGAUGCCCUUUACAGCCUUAUCAAUCAAGCUCGACUGAACAAUCCAACAUACAUCGCCUUGCAGAACGCACGGGGUCCAAUGUACGACAACUUCGUGCCCGACUUUGAGCAGCCCACCGAGAAAGCCGCGAGCAAUUGGUUUGGAUUCCCUCGACGUCGAAAGAGCUACCGCGCGUCUGACUCUCCUCGCUCUCUUGCCGAGGGUUCUGAAAGUAGCGUUGGUACCAUGAGCAGCGCCUUCUCCGCGCUCAAGCGCUUCCGUGGCGGAAGCAAGAUGUUCAAUAUCUCGCGGUCGACAGUCAUUUCACGAAGUGGCCGGGAGGACAGCCUGUACUCCAGCUCUGGCGCUUCUUCCGAUCCAUCGCCAUCGUCGGGAAUUGGCCGCAUCGCUGCCGCAAUUAAGGGCGCUGACGGGAUUGGUCUGUCGAACGCGAAGAUUCGUCUCUAUCUGCGCGAGACAGCCUCCAAAUGGCGGGAUAUGGGUGCGGCAAGGUUGACAAUUAUGCCUGCACCGCCCAAGAACUCUCCCUCUCGACCAGGUACCGCUGUCAGCUCUGCCACUGAAGACUUGAAGGACGACAGGGAGGAGAGCGCGUCGCCCCCCAGUUCUGGCGCAACCACUCCACGCCGUGAUGCAGAAUCUGAGAAACGUAUCAUUAUUCGAGGCAAGACGCGAGGGGAAAUCUUGUUGGAUGUCUGUUUACCCGAGAGCUCUUUUGAGAGGGUGGCACGCACUGGGAUUGCCGUGUCAGUCUACGAGGAGAACGAGGGAGGUGUGAUCGCCAAGCAGGGUGGUGUCGGUACCGGUACGCAGCGGAUUUACAUGCUUCAAUUGAAGUCUGAAGCCGAAGCUGCAUAUACCUUUGGUCUUGUGGGUAAACUGCGGUAUUAG